AUGGCCUUCAACCCAAGAGCGUCUUCCUUUUCAGGAUAUGUCGCGACGCGCAGCGAGGGCCGAAAGCCCAAGAGCAGUUUGGACUAUUCGAAGUUCGAUCACAUCGAAGAUUCGGAUGAUGAGAAGAUCGUGCCCAAACAGUCGAUCACCCUGCCGAUGGGCCUUCCAAGGGAGGCGGUCUCCCGACAUGAGUACGACAAUGUUUGGCGCACCUUGCUUCAAGACAAGCAGCUGCCCUACACACCUGCACCGGAUUUGGAUCAGAUGUGGGGCUACUACAAGUACGGCGGCAUGGAUGAGCAGGCGCUCCUGGAUCAGGCUUGUGAGGUCUUGGGCAAGUUCCCCUGCCGAUUGGAUCCUAAGGAGUGGAAGGGCAAGACUUAUAGCCUCACCCGAAAGCUGGAGGCCGAAAGCCGCGAGGACGAAGCACGGAUGUGGUCCAUCCUUUGCAUCCUCCGCUUUCCCGAUGCGGACGCCUACUACAACCAGGGUGUGCUCUUGAACAAGAUGUGCGACAAGGUGAAGUUCGGGGGUGCCAGCACUGCGAAGUUGCCAGCUCUGGAGCCAUCACAGGCGAAGAUCAUCCCUGUAGAGCAGUACUGCUCCUUGUUCUCACGCGCGGCCAUCAGCUACUACCGGAGAUCGCUCAAGGUAGAUCCGAAGCAACGGCCGGCGUACAUCAACCUCAUCGGCAGUCUUGAGAGGAACGAGCCCGGGCACCAAGAUCAGCGGAGGCCGGCCAAUUGGUAUGAGGACGUGCACGAACUGGCCAUUGCGGCGGUGAAGAAUGGCAUUUGGUACACCAAGUGGCAGCGGCCGCCCCAUUUUGUUCCUUCCCUCCCUGCGAAGCCCUUCCAUGAGAGCAAGGACUUCGAAUUGUCACGCGCUUUGGAGGCCAACUUCCCCACCAUCCGCGGGGAGUACGAGGCCUAUCGAGCGAAGCUGGCGAGUCGGAAAGACUGGGACGAGUCCGACACCACGCCAGGGCUAGGAGACGUGGGAAACCGCCCAGGGGCGCUCCAUGACGGCGGUCUACGAAAGUCGGGAAAGUGGCAGGAGGUGCCUCUCUUCACGAACUGCACCAUCCAGCGGGAGUACACGGACCUCUUCCCAGAGACCACCCGGAUCCUCCAGCAGUCCUGUGCCGAUGCCACCGGCUUGGCCUUUUGUGGAGGCGGCGACGUGAUCUUCAGCGUCUUGACCCCGGGUACUCGCCUGAGACCUCACUGCGGUCCCAGCAACGCCCGGCUGACCUGCCAUUUGGCCAUACGGGUCCCGAAGAGCUGCGAUCAGGGCUGCUACCUCCGCGUGGGCUCCGAAGCGCGACGAGGAUGGGAGGAAGGGAAAUGCCUUGUUUUCGAUGACUCCUUCGAGCACGAGGUGGUUUUCGCGGAAUGCGGUCCUUCAGAAGCCUACUGUGGCGACAUGGAAAUGCAAAACGUUCCACCGCUUGGGAGGUAAAAACGGAAAUUGGUUGGCCCCAAAAAGAACCACUUGUUGGCGCUGCUUGUACACUCCCUGGAAUCAUCUAUAGAACUGGAGUUCACCACCAUAAACCACCUGUUUGUAGUGGAACCAUCUACCGAAGUGGUCGUUGGUGCCUGCCAGCGCUGGUGGCAAAGAUGUUUGGACCUGUCGUCGUGUGAUGAGAAACCCUGAAUUUGCCAUAAGCGUGGUCAGCAUGGGCAGUGGAUAUCCUGUUUCCAACCUCAAUUGGGAGACCAAAAACAAUGUCUUCUUUGGGUUAGUCUCGUGAGAAUGAUCUCAAUGUGCCGUGUUGUGAGCAGGAAGAGAUUUCAUCUAACAUCAUCUAACCCAAUGACAAGAUGGGUUUAACGCCCGAGAAAGAUUGGCAUGAGAGCUGCACCACUUGGGAAGUAACUAGAAACCCACAUAAAUCCCUUAGUGGUUUGUAGAAUUCUUCUUGACGACGUAAGAGUUCUCCAAGUGAAACCUAAGCCUAGUAGUAAGACCCGACACAACCUCAUGAACUCCCCCCCAAAUUCCUACAUGUCCGCUUGCUCAAAACUCCAGAUAGCUAGUAGCUAACAAGUAGCUACUACUGACAGGACGCAGGAUAGCUCACGCUUCUUCAAGGAAGCUGCCCCCCGCCGCCUGGUUCCUAGAGUAGGGAAACUCAGCUGACCGAAGCUUGCAGGUGAUCGGGUCGUCCUCUUGGCGAACUUUUGGCAUCCCAGCUUUGGCUUCAAAAACGACCCGGACUGGCGGCAGAAGUCUGAUGAGAUGAUGGCCAGCGUGGACGUGGAGACCUUGCCGCAAACGGCGAUGAUGAAGUCGGCACCGACCUGACGGCCGGUCCAGACGAUUCUGGGCCCGCCACUCCGAGCGAAAGAGGUUGGGUCCUUGUGUUGUGGUGGGUGAAGAGUCAAGACCGAGUGUCUUCCAAAACCUAUAGCAGGUUCUUUGUCUUUUUG